AUGUCUCGGUCCCGCCCUGCGAAGCCUUCCAAAUCGGUCAAAACAAAGCUACAGAAAAAGAAAAGGAGCCAGAUGAAGAAGACAUCCAAGCAGGCUGUCAAACAUGGGGCAUCAGGGAAGGUGAUGAAUCCCAGAAAACUGAAGCAAUUAAUUAAAAGAAGAGUUGGUAAGAAGGAAACGGAAGGCAAAACCCCCACACCUGCACCGAGUCUUCUGACGAGAGCUGGGGCCGCCCGAAUGAAUCAGAAUCUUUUUCAGAACCCAGAGUCCUUAACUUGCAACGGGUUUACAAUGGCUCUUCGAAGAACCUCUCUUAGCUGGCGACUCUCCCAGCGCCCUGCAGUCACGCCCAAACCUAAGAAAGUGCCAUCUUCAAAGAAGCAGUGUAUACAUAACAUCCAGGACGACCUGGGAGUAAAGCACUCUGAAAAUGAUUCAGUCCCUAGCCAAGAAGCCAUCAUGUCCCCAGAUACAGAGAACCUAACUGGUGAACAGAACAGACGUUUUGUUGAAGGAGAGAGCCAAGAGGGAGCCUCGUCUUGCCCUCAAGGAAUAGAAGACCCCCAAAGUUGUAUUUCCGCAUAUGAGAACCUUGAAGCGGGAAUUUCUUGGCCACUGGAAGCAACAUGCUGUGAAGAACUGCUUUCUCAUCAGACAUCCGAUAAUGUGUGCACUUCCCCUCAGGAGUGUGCUCCAUUGCCCCAAAGAUCAACUUCCGAAGUUACCUCUGAGAAAAACACUAGCAAUCAGUUAGCAGACUUGAGCUCACAAGUAGAGUCUCCCAAGCUGUCUGACCCUUCCCCAAACCCUCCGGGGAGUGAUCAUAACUGCUUUCCGGACUCCAGUUUCAGGAUCAUUCCUGAAUUGGACCUUAAAACCUGCAUGUCUCUUGAUGAGUCUGUAUAUCCCACAGCUCUGAUAAAAUUCAUCUUGGCAGGCUCGCAGCCGGAUAUCCUUGAUACUAAGCCCCAAGAGGAAACCCUUAAAACUACCCCAGAACAAGUGGGAAGCCCCCCAAAGGAAGUUCUGGAUGCCACCUCUGUCCUAGGACAUCCCUUUAGUACUGUCCCACAUCAGUGGGGAUUUCCUGGUGCUAACUUCACUCAUGGUGAGGCUCUGGACAAGGGCUCAGACUCACCAGAGGAUCUUGGUGCUAUUACUAUGCUAAACCAGCAAGAGACUGUCGGUAUGGAUACGGAUGUUCCCCUGGACCUGCCUAUCUUCCUUCCUAAGCCUCCAAACACAGUUGCUACCUACACUAGCCCUCCCUCAGGGCCUGAGCCCCACAGCUCUGCCUCCUGUGGGCUUGAAGUCCAAGGUGCUACCCCAAUUUUAACUUUGGACUCAGGACACGCUCCCCAAUCCCCACCGAACUCUGAGUCAAGUUCAAUACCUCUGGUAAUAGCUGCAAACGGUAUACCAAAAACUACUGAACAGCAAUUUGGUGCCAAUUCCUUCCCAGCAAACACACAAGGGUUUACAAUUGUCCCCGAGAAUGAACUCCAGCAUGCCCCAUUAGAUCUUACCCAGCGCUCUCAGGCUGCUCCCAGCAAAUUGGAAGGAGGGAUUUCUCAGGUCAGCGUGACCAGCUCAGCCGAUGUCAAAGCAACAACGAUGUCUACGCCGGUUACACAGGCCAGGACCUCUUCUCUCCCGCGUAAAUCUGCACCGACAAGGAAACGCAAGGCGUGUGGGGUCUGUGAGCCUUGCCAGCAGAAGGCCAACUGUGGGGAAUGUACCUACUGCAAGAACAGAAAGAACAGCCACCAGAUCUGUAAGAAGAGGAAAUGCGAGGUGCUCAAAAAGAAGCCAGAGGCUACCUCCCAGGUACAGGUUACAAAAGAAAACAAGAGGCCCCAGAGGGAAAAGAAGCCCAAAGUUUUAAAGACAGACUUUAAGAACAAACCAGUAAAUGGCCCCAAAUCAGAGUCCAUGGACUACAGUAGACGUGGUCAUGGGGAAGAAGAGCAAAGGUUGGAUUUGAUCACACAUCCCCUUGAAAAUGUAAGGAAGAAUGCAGGAGGCAUGACGGGAAUCGAAGUGGAGAAGUGGACGCCAAACAAGAAAUCACACUUAGCAGCUGGUCAAGUCAAGGGAAGCCACGAUGCAAACUUAACUGGGGUUGAAAAUUCCCAACCCUCUGAAGAUGACAAGCAACAAACCAACCUUUCCCCGACAUUUGCACAGACCAUAAGAAACGGCAUGAGAAAUGUACACUGUUUGCCCGCUGACACAGACCUUCCACUCAACCAAUUGAAUCAUGAGGACUUUAGCAGGGUAUUGGGAAAUAAUAAUUCCUCUAAAUUGCUGACUGAUCCCUCCAAUUUCAAGGAUGCCAUGAGUGUCACCACCUCUGAGGGGGAGUGUGAUCAUCUCAAGGGGCCAAGGAACAUCGUGCUCUUCCAGAAACCUGGCUUGAACUGCCGGUCUGGUGUAGAAUCCACCAUCCUUAAUAAUACUCCUAAUACACCCAGUGCUGGUAGUCAACCUCAACCCUCUGAGAAGGUAUCCAACAAAGAACGCAAAGAUGGCUCUUCAGUGCAACCAAGUCUUUUAUCCCUAAUGAAAGACAGGAGAUUAACGCUGGAACAAAUGGUAGCCAUAGAAGCCCUGACUCAGCUCUCGGAAGCCCCUUCAGAGAACUCCUCCCCAUCCAAGGCAGAGAAGGAGGAAGAAACACAUCACAGAACAGCUAAUCUACUUAACAGUUGCAAGGCUUUCCUUCAUUCAGUGAGAAAAGACCUCCAAGUCCCAAAUGUUCAAGGAAAGAGUCUUCCCCAUGACACUGUUGUCUUUAAUGGCCAGAACCCAGCGGUCAAAUCACCCGAUAGUUUCACUACAAACGAAGCACUUAUAAAGUCACAAGAAUAUUCAACGUUACCUACACCUGACAAGAAAAGCAUCGCUGGCGGUAAAGCUCCCUUUGAUAGUUUUAAGAAUUCACAUCCAUUGCCAGUAGAAAGUCAAAAUCUUGAAAACUGCCGUCAGGUACUAAGCUGCGAUCAGAAUUUGAAUUCCCGUGACCCAUCAUACCAGGAUGCACCCUACAGUCAAAUUGAAGAAGAUGUCGCAGCACAAUUAACCCAACUUGCGUCCACAAUUAGUCACAUCAACCCAGAGGUCAGGAAUGCUGAAAGUACACCUGGAAGCCUUGUUGCAAAGAACACACAGCAAAAACCUAGUCAGGAGAAACGUGUGGUACAUCAGAAACCACCUUCAAGUACGCAAAAUAAACCUAGUGUACCAUCGGCGAAGCCAAAGAAGACCCAGAAAAAGGCAAGACCAACCCCAUACACAAAUAAGCGGAAAAAGAAACCCCCAGCCCACAGCUCUCAACAAAGUGAUCAGAGGAAGCAGGAGCAGCUAGCUCUAGAGUAUAGUAAGAUGCACGACAUUUGGGUGUCAUCCAAAUUUCAAAGGUUUGGCCAGUCUGCUCCACGUAGUUCUCCUGCCCUGUUGAGAAAUAUUCCUAUCUUUGACCAAAUAUUAAAACCCGUGACUCAAAGUAAAACACCUUCACAACACAGUAAGUUAUUUCCCCCUAUCAGUCAGAUACAAUUCACAAGAAACCCUGAAUGGGCAAGGGAUAAAGUGAAGGUUGAACCAUCGGAUUCUCUGCCAACAUGCCAAUUCAAGAUGGAAUCCAGUGGGCAGGGAUUUGCAGAGCCGGCAGAUACUUCUCAGGGACAGUCCGUGGUGAAUGUCAAUCAGAACACUCACCCUCUGCCCCAGCCCCCUUCAUCUAACCAGUGUGCUACUGUAAUGGCUGGUGCUGCCCAAACACAGUGUCAUCUAGGCGCUCAAGAGAACCUGGUGCAUCAGAUACCACCACCGACGUUGCCUGGUACCUCACCUGACACACACUUGCCAGACUCAACAUCAAUCCUCAGGAAAGGGAAAGUGUUAACUUCCAAUGGAAUUACAGUUGUUACCACAAAGUGUGAAGCUCAAACAUCAAGCAACGGACCCUCGGGUCCCGCCACAGACAGUGAACGGGCAGGAUGCAAUGGAAACGUCAUGGACUUCCUUAGCAAGCCUGCAAAGGAUCUGCUAGCUGGAUUGAAGGAGCAGGAACCUGCACCCUGUGAUUGUGAUGGAGGUACACAAAAAGACAGAGGCCCAUAUUAUACACACCUUGGGGCAGGACCAAGUGUGGCUGCUGUCAGGGAGCUCAUGGAGACUAGGUAUGGCCAGAAGGGAAAGGCAAUCCGGAUUGAGAAGAUAGUGUUCACGGGGAAGGAAGGGAAGAGCUCUCAGGGCUGCCCGAUCGCCAAGUGGGUGCUUAGAAGAAGCGGUCCUGAAGAGAAGGUCCUUUGUUUGGUUCGCGAGCGUGUAGACCAUCACUGUGCUACGGCUGUGAUAGUUGUCCUUAUCCUGCUGUGGGAAGGGAUCCCUCGCCCGAUGGCUGACCGCCUGUAUGAUGAGCUCACUGAGAACUUGAGGUCCUACAGCGGGCAUCCCACCGACCGAAGGUGUACCCUCAACAAAAAACGUACCUGCACCUGUCAGGGCACCGACCCAAAAACCUGCGGAGCGUCGUUCUCCUUUGGUUGUUCGUGGAGCAUGUAUUUCAACGGCUGUAAGUUUGGGAGAAGUGAAAACCCCAGAAAAUUCAGACUCGCUCCAACCUAUCCCUUACAUAACUACUAUAAAAGAAUUACUGGAAUGAGCUCUGAAGGAAGCAGCAUGAAAACUGGAUGGAUCGCUCCAGACCGCAAGGCCCUCAUAAGCAAAGAGGAAAAACAGCUUGAGGAGAAUUUACAAGAGCUGGCUACAGUAUUAGCCCCAAUUUAUAAGCAGAUGGCUCCAGUUGCUUAUCAAAAUCAGGUGGAGUAUGAAGACAUUGCUGGAGAGUGUCGACUAGGUAAUGAAGAGGGGCGGCCUUUCUCCGGUGUCACCUGUUGCUUGGAUUUCUGCGCCCAUUCUCACAAGGACAUUCACAACAUGCACAAUGGAAGCACCCUGGUUUGUACCCUGAUUCGACAAGACGGCCGGGACACAAAUGUUCCCGGGGAUGAGCAGCUCCACGUCCUCCCACUAUACCGGCUUGCAGACACUGAUGAAUUUGGCUCCGUGGAGGGGAUGCAAGCCAAAAUCCUGUCUGGGGCCAUCCAAGUCAAUGGGCCAACCAGGAAGAGGCGACUUCGUUUCACUGAACCUGUUCCUCGAUGUGGGAAGAGGGCCAAAAUGAAGGAGAAGAACAACAAAUCAGGUUCACACAACACUAAGAGCUAUCCAUCAGCCUCAUCUACUCCUCACCCAGUGAAAGAAGAAUCUACAGACUUCUGUCCCCUGCCGGCUUCCUCCACAGAAACAUCUACCUGUGUGCACAAUAAAACAGCCUCAGGUGGGUUUCCAGAAACAAGUAGCAAUCUCCCCUGCACAAUGCCUUCUGGAGCACACAGUGGUGCUAAUGCAGCUGCUGGGGAAUGUUCUGGAAUGGUGCAGCCUGCUGAGAUGGCUGCUCUUCCUCACCAAUCUCUUCCCAUAGCGGAUUCUCCGGUUCAUGCUGAGCCUCUCACUAGUCCAUCUGAGCAGCUAGCUUCUAACCAGUCAAACCAGCAGCCCCCUUCCCUCAGUAAUCCUCAGAAACUGGCUUCCUGUAAGGUGGAAGACGAGCGGCACACUGAAGCAGACGAGCCUCAGCGCCCCGAGGACGAUAACUUCCCUCAGCUUGAUGAAUUUUGGUCGGACAGUGAGGAGAUCUACACUGAUCCUUCCUUUGGCGGAGUGGCAGUAGCGCCCAUUCACGGCUCUGUGCUGAUUGAGUGUGCCCGGAAGGAGCUUCACGCGACCACCUCCUUGGGUUCUCCCAGACGAGGGCUCCCUUUCCGUGUGUCCCUUGUAUUCUACCAGCACAAAAGCCUAAAUAAGCCUAAUCAUGGGUUUGAUAGCAACAGGAUUAAUUGUAAAUGUAAAAAAGUAACGAAAAAAAAGUCCGCAGACCAGGAGGGAACUGAUUUAUCCCCCGAGGCCCAUCUAUCAUACCAAAUUCCUUCUCGAGUUGCGUCAACCUUAACCCGCGACAAUGUUGUUACUGUGUCCCCCUACUCUCUCACUCACGUCGCGGGACCCUACAACCGUUGGGUCUAAAGGCUUCUCUCCUGUAAUGCCUUUGCUAAUGUGGUGUAGUUUUUUCGGUGCUGUCCAAAAGAAAGUCGUUCUGUUGUUUACUGUAGCUUCAUUUGGCCCAUUUCA